GGAUGAAUUCCUUGACGGUCUUCUCACUUUUGUCUUUAUUAAUUGUAAAUUCGCUUGAGAUGGACACGAAUGGAAGAAACGCACCGAUGCGAAGUUUGGGAGAAGAGCCACUACUCGAAUACCUAACUCCGCUGAAGUAUAGAAGAAGAUCGCAGCAGCUUAACUCCUACGGUGACCUCUCAUCACUGAUGCGAUCAAUGGACGAGUUACAACGACCC